AUGGCGGACCAGCUGACUGAGGAGCAGAUCGCCGAGUUCAAGGAGGCCUUCUCCCUCUUCGACAAGGAUGGCGACGGAACCAUCACCACCAAGGAGCUGGGCACUGUGAUGCGCUCGCUGGGCCAGAACCCCACGGAGGCCGAGCUGCAGGACAUGAUCAACGAGGUGGAUGCCGAUGGCAACGGAACCAUCGACUUCCCCGAGUUCCUGUCCUUGAUGGCUCGCAAGAUGAAGGACACCGACACGGAGGAAGAGCUCAUCGAGGCAUUCAAGGUCUUCGACCGCGAUGGCAACGGUUUCAUCAGCGCGGCGGAACUGCGUCACGUGAUGACCAACCUGGGCGCCUGCCUGAGUGGUUCUGGAGGGGGCGCGGGGGGUGCUGGUGUGGGUGGAUGCGAGAAGCUCACGGACGAAGAGGUCGACGAGAUGAUCCGCGAGGCCGAUGUGGACGGUCCGGACCUGAGUCACCCGAGCGAUGGCCAGAUCAACUACGAGGAGUUCGUGAAGAUGAUGAUGGCCAAGUGUAGGCUAAUGCAUGCUGAUGAUUCCUGUGCGUCGGCAGAUAUCUUGGAAGCCAUUCCAAUCCCGGAUUUGACAGUUGCCGAAGAAAAGGCGACCGCCCGCUGCUUUGCUCAGCACCAGCUCGAGAGGUUUGCAGGCCGUGUAGUCGAAGCAUUCGCUACAUUUCUCGCCAUGGCGGACCAGCUGACUGAGGAGAUGCAGAAGUUCGUGAGUACCGAGCCUGGAACCUGUCCAAGAUCGCAGUUGCAUGAGGAGCAGAUCGCCGAGUUCAAGGAGGCCUUCUCCCUCUUCGACAAGGAUGGCGACGGAACCAUCACCACCAAGGAGCUGGGCACUGUGAUGCGCUCGCUGGGCCAGAACCCCACGGAGGCCGAGCUGCAGGACAUGAUCAACGAGGUGGAUGCCGAUGGCAACGGAACCAUCGACUUCCCCGAGUUCCUGUCCUUGAUGGCUCGCAAGAUGAAGGACACCGACACGGAGGAAGAGCUCAUCGAGGCAUUCAAGGUCUUCGACCGCGAUGGCAACGGUUUCAUCAGCGCGGCGGAACUGCGUCACGUGAUGACCAACCUGGGCGAGAAGCUCACGGACGAAGAGGUCGACGAGAUGAUCCGCGAGGCCGAUGUGGACGGCGAUGGCCAGAUCAACUACGAGGAGUUCGUGAAGAUGAUGAUGGCCAAGUGA